GGUUGGUUUUCCGUCCUUGCGGCACAUUACCUUGACGGGUUCGGAUCUACGGAGUGUUGAUACUGGAGGUUGUUGUGUGGAUGUAAACCUGUCGAUAUGAAGAGUUUCAACAAGUUGUGUUGGAUGUCUGCUCUCUGCUUCCUGGGUGGUGUUAUCCUGUGGCUGGCGACAACAAACUUCUCUACAAUUACCGGAUCUGAUACCCAUCGUAAACCGGAACCUCGUAAACCGGAACCUCGGCAAGAGGCACCACUAAUGCUACAACCACUGAUAACGGAACCGGGACCGGAACUGAUGAUACCGGAAAAGGAAGGUCGAGGUACAGGUGGUUACCUAGUGUACGACUGUAGCCAUAGACAUAACAAGUCAUGUGGCGGCUGGUCAGACAGACUGACCGGUAUAUUGUGUACGUACGUGCUGGCAAAACUGACCAACAGAACUUUCCUUAUCAAUUUUGACAAUCCUUGUAAACUGGAGGACUACUUCGAUUUUAAGUCCUAUGAUUGGAGGUACAAUAAGACCUUGUUAGAUCACGAACCUUCCCAAUAUUAUGAUUACAUGAACGACAAGGUCAAGCCACUCAUGAGUCUGUUGGUAAGAUCCAAUUCCACACAACCCAUAAAGGCCCUGUUUACCAAACGCGUCAGUUUUUUUCGGAUUAACUGGGACAUAACGCCUGAGUUUCGAAAAUUUCUCCACAUUGACGAGUACGUCCCAUGGAUAUCAACACUCCACUUCGCUGAUAUAAAUCGUUAUAUAUAUGAAUUAUUUCUCAAGCCGAAACCUUUCUUAUACAAAGCGAUCAAUACUGUUUACAAAACCAAAAAAGCAGACAAAAUAUUUUGUGCCCACAUCCGGAUGGGGAGAAGUUCCACUUUCCCUAGGGAUAGCAUAGUACGGAAAACUCCAGAGGAAGUUCGGAUCAUGUUCGAUUUUAUAGAGAAAAUCGACAAACGUUCUCAUGACUUGUUUCUAGCUACAGAUAACAUUGAUAUACAAAAACGGUUCUAUAGUCAAUACUCAGGAGACUUGAUUUUAGACAUGCCCGGCCGACUAACACAUAUAGACCAAGCGUUUACUGGCGAUGUGUGUGAAGGUUUUUAUAAACAACUUCUUGACUUCCUGUUUCUACAGACUUACUGUGACAAACUCGUCAUCACCAACAGUGGGUUCAGUAUGGUGGCCGCCUACCUCCGAGAUAUCCCCGGGGGACUCUACUGCUGGACUCCUCGCGCAGUCAUCACGUGCUCUCGGUAUACUAUACACGACUUCUUCCCUUUACCAUUACUGGGGCCCCCGAGGGAAUACAACGCCCACGGGAAAAUUACCCGACUCGGAUGAGAAAUAAGGUGUAUUCGUCUCGAAUUGUUAUUUACUCUCUGUUGGGUUCACCCUAAAACCUGGAAAUUAGACAUAAACAGCCAGGGCAACUAUAAUGGCGGUACCCAUGUAGUAGUAGGUGACUUCCCUACUGAAAAACAUAUGGAAGGUAUUUAGAGCAAUACGGUAAAGAGUGUCCUACCUAAGGACACAACCACGACAGCAAACAUCGGUCCGUGUCCCAGCUUCUCGAGAAACACAACCCACGUGGGAACAUCGAAUCACAUACCUCGGAUUUUUCACCUGAGGCCACGAGGCCGGUGCUCUAACUACGUCGCACUGUAUUCCUCUCAAAAUGUGACCUAAUGUCUCUAUGGACUGGGGUUUAUCCUGGAUAUUAGCCAAUGGGGUGCCACUGUAUUGUAUAAACACUGGUGAUGUUGUAGAAAAGUCUGGGUACCUGUAAUGUACGAAACGAAAGCAAAACGAAAACAAUUUCUGUAUCGUCAAACUUUGGCAAUGUGGGGAUUUGCUCAUAUAGUCCAGUUGUCGUUAACUGUGUAGACUGUUUCUGUGUAAGUAGGACGGUUUUCUGUGUUAUAUGGAGUGUGUACUGGUUGAUUAUCGAUCUUGUUAACUGUACAAGUAGUUGUAUAAUCAUUGAUCUGAAUGUUUAUAUUUAAUUUACCACAGACAACAUUACGUUGUUAUGGUAUACAGUACCUAUCGAUUAGAGUUAUCUCCCUUGUCAUACUUCAUUUUCUCCUAAGACAAUACAUAUAGGCCAUGACUUAUCUAACGUAAUCGUUAAGAUCAAAGUAAGCUUUGACUGUUCUACUGUUUAUUUCUGGGACUUAGACAUACAAUCACACAUUUAGUCUCAGAACUUACCAAUUCGAUACUUAGCUUAGACUUACUGAGACUGUAUGUGUGUGAUUGUAUGUGUGUGAUUGUAUGUGUGUGAUUGUAUGUGUGUGAUUGUAUUUGUGUGAUUGUAUGUGUGUGAUUGUAUGUGUGUGAUUGUA